CAGACUUUCAUGCGCUAAAGACAGAAGAACCUCGGACCCUCAUUGUCGCCCGUUUUACAACUCCGUUGACACUAUUCACUCUGUGUAUCGCAAGUAUUCGGAAUAUCCUCCCUCGACCAAACCGCCGAAACAAUGCGGAAAACAGAAACACGUGUCUGCAAGUGUGGUGCGACGACGUCGAAUGAAGUUUGCCAACCCGCUGUGGCUGAAGCUGUGCCAAUUUUGCGCGCCUCGACUUGGACCAAUUUCCGUGGCUGAGCGUUGGGCUCUGGGGGCUGAAGAUGCAAGACAAAAGUUGCAUAUUCUCUGACGAGCGUACGGACCAACUUCUUUCCCCGAAGGCUAUUUGACAGUUCAAAGGAUGAACAUUAAUUCUUUUCCUCUAUUUCCCCCAGGUCGUCGCUCCGAAGGCCUUUCUCUCUUCCAAUUCUCGUCUGAGCUCGCACCAUGGGCAACAUCCUCAGCGGCCCGAACUCCCAGAACACCUUAGCCCUCUCAGCGCUGAUUAUCUCUCUCGUAGCUCUUCUCACGACAGUUCUCCAGGUCCUCCAACAAUACUACUCCAGUGCCGAGGGGUAUCGAAGAUGUGCAGAAUCUGUAAUGGGCCUCUGGGCCAAGGGGACGCAUCGGAAGCUACGCUUCCAAGAGUUCAGAAUAGAGGUGGUCUUUGAGACGCCAGUAAUGUUCACAGCACACCCGGACAACAAACGUGGCCCAAUUCAAGGCCGAGAAAUACAUUACAUUGACGGCACCGAUGAAUCGUACAAUAAUACGCGUGUUCUUGGGCCGCGAGCUCAGGAGAAGGUCGAGGCUGAGGCAACGGCGAGGGUACAUACUGCAGAUGAUGAACGAGCUUCUUGGGUCACUUUACUAUCAACUCUCCAGCUCAAAGAAUCCAUGUCAAGGAAAUGGGACAUCGAAUAUCGAAAGAAAUGCCCCCCUCGAACCCGACCUGGUGCGAUUGAGUCCCCCGACUAUCCUCUCGCAGUGGGUCUGCAAAGCAAGACUCGCUCAUGGGAUUUCAUUCCUUCGUCAAUCACAAAACCGUACGCCACAUCUGCUAUGUGUCAUUUGGUGGAAAUGAUGGCCAUGUUGGGACUCUACUGGAAAGCUUUUGAUCAGUCUACAUGGAAUUUGAGAGCUGAAGGUAAUGGAUUCAUCCUGACGUCGACCCAAGUUCACGGGCUCGGGGUUAUGGUGGUAUUUGCAACAACCGGAAAGUCAGCGUUUGAGGAGAGAAGGGUCAUCCCAUGCCCAGCUAUCAAGGAUUUGCCCUUCGGAACCGUGCCAAAUAUAUUCGAAGACGAUCUUUAUUUGAACAAGGACAAAGAUACACAAAGCUUGGAACUGGUGUUUGGGACGAUAGAAGAAGUUACAAACACGCUAGAGUCUCUGGGGUGCCAAGCGGAUGCGCUGAAGAAGUACAACAAGGACCACAAGCACAUUUUCUCUGUGGCAUUCGAAAUUAUUGGCAUGCUAGGAAAAGUGUUCCGCAUUCGCGGCAGUAACUUCAGAAUGCUCCCAAACCCAACCAGCGACCCGUGGCUGAAGAAGAUCGGUGCCAAAGCUUCCUGGAAGAUUACCACGCUGAUGGAAAUCUUCCAAGCGAAGCUCCAAGAGCUGAUCGAAAUCGAAGGAAUCGACUCGCUCGAAAAGGGCAACAAAAUCGCCACCAUAGCAAUGCAGUGGAAGCGGAUCGCAGAUUUGAACUGCACGGACGAAGCCAACCUCAGCAUCGAGGUCAGAGAAGCCAUUCACGACGCCAUCGAUGAAACAACAAGUUACCUCCUCUCAAUCAGCCAGCUCGAAAUUCUGAGUGUACUUGUCGCACACAUCACUAGAGUGCUAAACGUCCUCGCUGACCCUGUCUCGCCCCUUAACACCAUCGUCCUCGCCAAUAAAGAAGACUCCCUCCUCUCCUACUAUUUCUCCGAGAUCCGGCCCCUCGUCAUCCAUGACUAUCCCGCCGAAAUCCACGACAAUACCACCGGACCAAAGAAAAGAUCCUUGUCGACUAGUGAGAUGAAAAAGAAAGAGGAAGAAAGAAAUACGAUCUGGGUCACCUUGAUCUUUAGGAUGCUGUGCUGGCUGCUGUUGCAUGAUUUUGAUAAAAGCGAUGUGAAGAUUGUGCCGUCGGAUUUGAAAGGCUCGAGGAUGCCAGUGUACAUUGGAUGAGAUGUGAAAUUGCAUAUUAGAAGUAUUAGCGAGCAUUGGGUAGCGGGUGCAAUCUUGUCACUUUGGAUGGAGUUCAACGCAUUGUGAGUACAGAAUACCUUAAAUUGCAUAGUCUAGAAUUGUGCCAUUUAAUGAAAUGCUGGAAGAUUAUCUCUUUCCCUG